GUGGAUCAAUGUCUUCUUACCUUUUCUCCAUUAUUUUUCCCCAGAUGCAACAAACACACUGAAACCCUAGUUCCUUAUCCAUCUCCUCCAACUCAGCUGCCAACCCUCCUCCUCCUACGGGUCGCCCGUCCUCCUCCUCCUCCUACGCCGCCGGUCAUCCUCCUUCCUGCUCCACGUUACUGCUAACAGACUGCAGAGGUUAAUCCACCUCUUCAGCUACAGAUGUCUGCAGAUGAGAUCCGCAGACUGCAGAUGGGAUCCGCAGACUGCAGAUGGUUUACCUCUGAAAAAACAAACAACACCUAAAUGAUGACAUAACUGACGACGAUAAUUGAAAGUGGUUCAAGGAUAUUUAACCGAGCCAUCAUGACAACCUGCAAGUUCGUUGGUAACAUGUUUAGUUAGUCUAUGUGGUGUGGGUUAGUGGCCUUAGCCACAUCAGCCCAAUGGCGUCCCUCAUGAGUGGUGUGGGGGGGGGGGGGGGGGGGAGGGCUCAAUUUCUUUAAUAACACCAUAUGCGUGUGGGGUCUAUGUGCUUCUACCAAUCAGAUUUUUCCUUUUUAUUUUCUAUAGUGAUUAAAGGGGAUACUAUCCAACACCAUGCAAGUUGACGAUAAAGUCUCUCGCUUAUGUGACGCGUACGUGAUGUUAAUGUGCAACCUCUUUAACAAAAAAAAAAAAAUCUAUAUUCCAAAAUUGAAAAAAAAGGCCACGAGGUAAAAAUAGGCAAAAAGAAGAGGAAAAGACUAACAUAUUAUAUUGUAUUUAUUCAUAUUUUCUUAAAAAUAUGUAUAUUUUCAUAUAAUUUUAGAUCAUUAGAUGGUUUUCGAAUUCAUAUAUCUUCUAAUUAUUAUUAAUAAAACAAUUAACGAAACAAAACUUGUAUAUAAUUAACAUCUUUAACACUUUAAUUAGUAUAAUAUUCAGAUUCUUGUAUUGGUUUUAGCUUAACUUUCAGUAUUUCUCGAUCAUAUAAUAUGGGCUGUAACCGACAAUCACCAAUACCCAAUGGCCAUUUUAUCACGAUAUUCAUCUUCGAACACACUCUUCUGCAUUGAAGAACAAGUUCAUGAAGAUGAAGAUGAGUUAACACAUCAAGAUUCCUCUGCAAUCCAUCCAUUAGACCUACAAGAUUUGUGUUGGGAACAUGAAGAACUUGUCUCUCUUUUCACAAAAGAAGAAGAACAACAAAAGCAAACCCCUUGGCCUUCUUCUUGUACUUUGUCUUUUCGUAAAGAGGCUGUGGAUUGGAUCCUUAAAGUCAAAGGUUGUCAUGGAUUCACACCUCUAACAGCCAUUUUAGCCAUCAAUUAUCUUGAUCGGUUUCUGUCCAGUCUCCAUUUUCAGAAAGCUAACACACCUUGGAUGAUUCACCUUGUUGCUGUUACUUGUCUUUCUUUGGCUGCUAAAAUUCAAGAAACUCAUGUGCCUUUGCUCUUAGAUCUUCAGCUAGAGGAGAGUAAGUUCUUGUUUGAGGCCAAGAACAUACAAAAGAUGGAGCUUUUGGUGAUGUCAACACUGAAAUGGAGGAUGAACCUAGUGACACCAAUCUCAUUUCUUGAUCACAUUGUAAGAAGGCUUGGAUUAUCAAAUCAUCUUCAUUGGGAUUUCUUCAAGAAAUGUGAAGCUAUGAUUCUUUACCUAGUGGCUGAUUCAAGAUUUGUGUGCUAUAAACCAUCUGUGUUGGCAACCGCUACAAUGCUUUGUGUUGUAGAGGAAAUCGACCCGACCAAUUCCAUUGGCUACAAAAGUCAACUUCUGGAUCUUCUCAAAACCACUAAGGACCACAUAAAUGAGUGUUACAAGCUUGUUAUGGAUCUAUCCUAUGAUAAUCACAACAAAGGAAAGCGUGAUGAAAACGAGAGAACAAUUUAUCCGGUUAGUCCAGCUGGUUUUAUUGGUUUUAUGUGCCACGAAAGUUCAAAUGAUUCAUGAUCCUCGCUCAAGAAUUGAUCAAUAAUUAGGGUUUGGCUCACUUGUAAGCUUUAAACCACUCGCAAGCACUCGUUAUCCAUAACCUAUACAAUCAGCAGAAGUUGCGCUAAUAAUAGACCCGUCGGUCCACCACUAGUUAUGUUGUAUGGUAUGGUCUUUAAUUUCUCUGUUGUUUUAGGUCGUUUUUAAUGUGAGAUAAGUUAAACUCGGUGAUGUUAUCAUGUCUUAUUCAAGCAAUGAAUUUAUAUAUUUU